AGACGCUGUGUGUGUGUGUGUGUUGCUCAAAUCUCUACCGGUUAUCUCAUCGCUCUGUGUUGUCAAUGAAAAAGUGUCUAUAACGAAUCAACUGGUGUAUAAGGCAGUGGUGGUGGUGUUGUUAUUUUUUUCUCUUGUUCAAGGAUUCUAUGUUGGGGAUCAAGAAAUGGUACAGUGAGAUUAACAAACCAUUUUUUUUUGUUGUUGUUGUUGUUUGAAAUAACUGCAUCAAGUAUAUAAUGUGAAAUUUCAGCCCAUUUUUUGUGUGGCUUAGUGUGGCCUAUAAGUUUCCGAUUUUUUGUGAGGUUCCAGCAAUGUAUUCAUCAGAGAUUAAGGACAAUGUACCAAUGUAGAAACACGCCCCGGUGAAAAGUGGGGACAUGUUCAUAGUUAAUAUCUACGAAGUACAUACGUAUUCUUGUGUGCUAAAGACUGGUUGUUUGUUUUUUUGUCAAAGGAAUUCUCUAUAAUUGUUUUAAAUCAUGCACCUAAAUGCUGUUUGAUCAUUUCCGGGGUUUAAAAAAAAAAGGGGGGGGGGAGGGGUGUGCGGUGGUUAAGGGUGGUGGGAUCGUUGCCUCCCCUUUCCCAAUGUGUAGCUUCACCUCUGAAUAUUUGUUCAAGACUUUGUCCAACAGGAGAUGAAGAGACAUAAAGCGGCUGUGGAUAUAAUCUAUAUAGGUUUAUUUUAUCUUUUGCUGGAAUUAGAACUUGGUACAUAAAUCAAAGGUCCCAAACCCGUGACGUGUGGGGCAAGUAAAAAAAAAAAAAAUUGCCAGUUCUUUAGAGAGACCCUGAAAUUCAGCUAAAAUUGUUUUCUUGAAACUCUUAAGAUAUAAUGCCUUGGCUCUAUAGAGCAGGCCUGCACAACUCAAAAUGUAAGGCGGGACGUAAUACUUUAUGAAAAACUUGUGCUGGCCGAAAUAUAAUAGGACAGGUGGGGAUGAGGCUAUUAAGAAAAUAAUAAUAAUGAAGAAUAUUUCAUUGCUUCGCGAGCGGUCAAGUGGGUGCUGACUGGCCGUAUGUUGUGCAGGCCUGCUAUAGAUAGCUGUGUAUUUUGACCGUUUAUGUCACAGCAUCUGCAUUGCAGCCCUUAUAAGAAACAAAAUGUUGGGGAACGUCACUACUUUUUCUUUCCUUUCAUGUGUCAAUGUAUGUAAAACUUUGUGACCGCCUCCCUACACCACCCACACACUUUUUUUUUUUCAGACACAGCCUCAGUUUUCACAGGAGCAAAUCUCAGGUAGGCAAGACUCGGUUUAGACUUUAAUUUACUUUCAUAAACUUCAUAUAGCAACACGAUUUGUUACUGUAAAACGAAAAAAAUAAAUGAAUGUUAUCAUCACAAUCGAAAUUAUAAUCCUACCUUAUCAAUGAACCACAAAUGCUCACUGAUCGGUUGUGAACAGGAAGCAUAGUUUCGUCUGAAGCUCAUGGUCGCUAUACGUGAUGAUUGGUUUCCCCCUCAUCAAAUUCUUUUACUGGUGCAUACUUUGUAAUCGCACCGAACUGAACACAAUGCCCCCCCCCCCUUUUCUUUUCGUUUUGUUACAAGAGCAAUGUUAACUUUAAACCAGAAACAUGUAUAUCAGUCCGUACAAAGAAUCAAACAAAUUAUGUGUAACGCAGCUCGCUAUAAGUAGAAGAACACAUACAACCUUCUCCCACAGUGCCCUCACACCAAAUCACAAACAAACAAAAAAACACGUACACCGAAGACCAGACUACAGACUCUACGUCACAGAUACAAUAUAAUUGCGUCACAAUGCGUCUCGCACCUAAUUGCGCCGAAAGCGUUCAUUACUUGAACUAACACACAAGACACACAAUGAAACACAAUAUCGGGUGUUCGACGAUUUUGCUAGUGAAAUGAUGAUGAGGGGGGGGGGGGGAGAGAGACCAGUGAAAACCGAUUUCUCGACACAAUCACGAAGAAGGCGUGUGAUCAAAUAUGCAAUAGCAAGUGACAUGCAUCGCAAUUCAGUGACAAAGAACACACAUCUCAAACGAAUCUCUGAUGCGAAAGCUUUUCUUCCGGUCAUGUAGUAGUCGCGUCAGUUGUAUUAAUGCGAUAGGCUUGGUUCGUCUUACUUGAACUCUAUCCAGGUAUCACAAUAAGCGCAUAGCUUCCUGUGUCUGGUUUCAAGGCCGGAAUAUCUGAGCAAAUGGAUGCCAUCAUUAAUUUUCGUGCCAUUCUGUUACUCUGUGGGUUCUGUUUACUGUUUCUGUCAAUGUUCCGGCGGCCGGGGCAAAAGUUCUUUUCGAGAGAAUUGUUUUUUCUAGAAAGGGAACUAAGAGAUCAUGGUAUUUUUCAAAAUAAUUUACUGGAUUAUCUCCCUGCACAUAGAGCAAAUUAGUUCGUUUAUUUAUCAUAAGGCUAACAAAAAACCUAAUUAAAUGUAUUUAUUUUUAGUUAUAUCGUUACGUUAUUUAUAUGUUUUGGGAAAACUGAUUUCACUCACUGGUCAAUUAUUUUUUUUUUUAAUGUGACAGAAUUUUGACUUUAAAAAAUCUAGAAUUUUGAUAAAUUACUCAAAGUUAUUUCUAAUAAAACCAUAAGGUUCUAUUCAAAUAAGAGUAUUAUAUUCUUAAUGAUUCAUUACCUCCACGAUUUAUUGCUAUGCUUUGUUCAUGAAGCAGUUUCAUCAUGCAUUCUGACAACAAUUAGACCCACUUAAUGGUCAAAGGGUAUGAUUUCGUACCCUUAUUUGUAUUAAUACCAUGUUGUUUAUCAUAAGUGGGGAGAUUUAGGUAAUUAUGAAGGAUAUUGUGAGUUUGUUGUGUUUUGUUUAUGUUGUUUUUUGUUUUUUUUGGGGGGGGUGUUUGUUUUUUGGGUUAGAUUUGUUCCUGAGAUUGUGUAGGGGGCCGUCCAUUAAGCACGUCACAUUAUUUUUUACCAUUUUUAACCCCCCUGUCACAAACUGUCACAAAUCUCGGAACCGCCCCCCCCCCCCCCUAAAGUACGUCACACUUUCGAAAAAAAUUUUUAAAAAAUUAACACCUAAUUAAAAUUUAAUCUAAAACAAACUUCCCUAUUAACUGUAUUAAAAUAUAAAAUUUCCACUUAAAAGAACUAUCACAUUAUUAAAAUGACGUUAAUAGUAGAAUAGUUAAUUGUCAGCAGUUGUCACAGUUAUUCAUUGAAGCAGUAACUCGAUUUAGAUUGAAUUUGAAAACAAAAAUUGCAAAAAUUAGAGUAGACAAUUUUAUAAUGCACAUCAUUUAUCUGCUGCUUUUUCAUUUACAAAAGGUAAGGUCAAGUUUUAGAUAAUUUCCGACUAUGCAAUCUUUUUACACAGGAUAAGAAGUAGACUAGCGAAACUUGACCUCACCCAGUGAUUAAAUAAUAAAAAGGAAACAAAAAAAUUUGACUAAAAAAAGAUUAGAUUGACAAAUUUUGUGACAAACUCUUGUGCUAUAUUGAAUCUGUUUAUUAUGGGCCUGUGAAUUAUGUUUAAUUCAAAAAUAUUCACUGGACAUCAUCCAUCAUCCAUCCAUGGUGAAGUGAAAUGUUCAUCCAUAGUUACGACUGGCAUCAAUCUUUCACCAUCAUCUCUUCUGGCCAUAACUGCCAUGAUUUCUCUUUGCCUUCUAGCAGCAAUUCUCAAUAGACUGAUGCAUUUUAUCUGAGUUGAUUCUGGAACAGUUUGGGUUGGCACAUUCUCCCGAGCCCGAGCUCUGUGUCGUCCUGCAUGUUUCUUCGACAUUGUUUGUGAGGCAAAGUAUAAGUGACAUACUUUUCAAAUUCGAUCACGUAAGCUGGUCUGCAAAGAUGGACAAUAAAGAUCAUAUAGUUGUAUUUUGAAAACUCCUGUUGAUCUCGGCAAGGCUAUACAUAAAACAAGGCUUCACAACAGCAUACUAGCGCUCUUAGCGAGUGUAAUCGUGAACAACACAUUCAGAAGAUACGCAUUUCGUGCUAUUUUGAUAUAAAACUAAUUCAAAUGUUUCACAAAAUUUGUGAAAAUUAUUUUUAAAGCUUUUUAAUUCUACUAAAAAAUAAAAAUAAUAAAUAAGGAAUAAAAUGUAAAAAAAUAAAUGUGUGACGUCACACAUGACCUGACCCCCCGACCCCCUGUCACAAACUGUCACACUUUCUUUCACCCCUCCCCCCCCCUCUGGAGCGUGACGUACUUUAUGGACGGCGCCUAGCGUGAAAGAAACACAUUUCGGGCUAUUGGAAAUGCCAGGAUCCGAGGAAAGUGUUUGGGAUGUGAAAAGGUUUAAGUGGCCAGGCAGAAGAGGCGGUGGCUCACGUGUUGGUUACCUGUCCCAGUGGUGGGAAGGGGGGAGGGGGCAGAGGGUCGACACCCAGAGGCCUGCCUUGAAUAUAUGAUUCACGGCGAUGCCCACCGGAUGAGGCAAGCCGCCAAAUUAAUAACCAGGGCUAUAAGAGUGAAUCUCAGCCCAUAAAAGUAUUAAACAUUAUUUGUUUGCGUUCCGUCGUUAAAUCACCGGGGCACAACUUAAAACAUCAGUCAGAAGACGGGCGCACCACGGUGCUGCCCUUCUCUGGGACGUCCGGCUCUGUGUCUGCUCAUAAAAAUGGGAUGUGGCCCUGGAUCUCGAUAUUCCCCGGACUGCUCUCAAAGGUUCUUGAGAGUAAAUACCACCGAAGCCAGCGCCUUGGCUAGUAUUAAUUUAUAUCGGAUGAAAUGCUACAGAAAUAAACUAACAAUCAUAAAGUGAUUAAAAUACUUCAGACCAAUGCAAACCAAGUUGUUUUCUUUUUUAAAUAUUAUUUUAAAUUAAUUCAUUGGUUUUUAUUUUAUUAUUCUUUUUUAAUAUCAUUUUAGCUUAUUUUUUUAUUAUUUUUUUUUUAACAUUUUAACUGUUUGACUAUUUAAGUGUUUAAUUUAAUUUGUAAAAUAUAAUUAACAUUUUAACUUGAUGUGUUGUUGUUUUUUUUUUGUGUGGAUAUUUUAAUUCUUUCAAUAUUUAAGUUUUAUAUAUUUUUUUAAAAUAUCAUUUUAAGUUGUGUUGGUUUUUUUUUUUACCUUUUAACUAUUUCACUCUUAAAAUAUUUAAUGGAUCAGUAACAGCAUACUUCAGUUUUUUAUGAUUAUUUCCGGUGAAAUCUUUGUGGUUUUCUUCUAAAGGGCGUUACUACAGGCUUUUUUUUUUUUGCAUAGAAUUCUAAAAAUUCAGCAUCGAAUCUGGUCGAAAUAAUUAAUCAAAGGGGCUCACGAUCUCCUCAGAUUUCCAGGAAGCUUUCGGCCUCUUCGACAAGGACAGCGAUGGUCUCAUCUCUACAGCAGACGUGGGGGUGGUGAUCCGGUCACUAGGGGGCGUCAUCACAGAUGGGGAGAUCAGUAGCAUGGUCAGACAGUUUGACCAUAGUGAGUUGAUCCCUUAAUUGAUUUUUAUUUAUUUCAUUAAUUUAUAUUUACUUAAUUGUAAUCGUUUUAUUUUUUAAAUUUGAGAAGGAAAAAAAAGUGGGGGGGGGGGGGGGUUCUCUCUUUUUUUUUGAAAAUUUUAAAAAAAAGUAACGUAAAAAAAAAAAAAAAUAUAGAAAAAAAAAACAUCAAUUGAUAUAUUUUAAAAGUUAUUGGCAUUGUGAUUAAGAUGAAAUUUUAUAUUAUAUAAAGAUCUCUAUAAACGUUAUACUAUAUAAAGAUUGGUUGCAUUAUAUAUAUCCAGAUACACGCUUCUCUUUCGCUGACAUAAUCAUUCUAUAGAAUGUCGAAUGUAUUUAUUCACCCUUUCACUGAAAUCGUCAGGCAAUCUAUACGGUGCCCUGUCAGGCGUUUAAUACAAUGCCCAGACAGGCGUUCUAUAUAAUGCCAAGGCAGGCGUUGUAUGUUAUGCCCAGGCAUGCGUUCUAUAUAAUGCCCAGGCUUUCUAUACAAUCAAUGCCCAGGCAUAAUAUAGAAUGAUUGGAUUUCACACUUUGCCCGUAACAACUACACUAUUUCAGAGAACGGUUUGAUUGACUUUGCCGAUUUUUUGGCUUUGAUGGCUACCAUAAUGGGCAAGAAGGAAUCACCUGACGAACUCCUGCAAGCUUUUCAGGUAAGACUAAAACCCUUUUCAGGUUAAACUAACAACCUUUUUCAAGUAAGACUAACAACCUUUUCAGGUUAAACUAAAAACCUUUUUCAAGUAAGACUAACAACCUUUUCAGGUUAAACUAACAAUCCUUUUCAAGUAAAACUAACAACUUUCUCAUGUAAAACUAACAACCUUUUCAUGUAAAACUAACAAGCCUUGCGGGUAAGUCUAACACAUUUUCUCAGAUAACACUGACAUACUUUUCAACAAAGACGAACAAACCUUUCUUCCGGUAAAAAACUUUAUUAUGUUCGUUUUUGUUUUAAUAAGGCAUUCUUCAAUUGUAUUGAUUGGUUGCUUUAAACGUGUAGGGCUUCAAUCAGACAUGCAUCCAUCCAUGUGAAGCUACAAACCAUGUAGGGCUUGGGCCUCCAAUCAGACAUGCUUCCAUCCAUGUGAAGCUACAAACCAUGUAGGGCUUGGGCCUCCAAUCAGACAUGCAUCCAUCCAUGUGAAGCUACAAACCAUGUAGGGCUUGGGCCUCCAAUCAGACAUGCUUCCAUCCAUGUGAAGCUACAAACCAUGUAGGGCUUGGGCCUCCAAUCAGACAUGCAUCCAUCCAUGUGAAGCUACAAACCAUGUAGGGCUUGGGCCUUAAAUUAUACUAAAUUCCAGUUUAAUUUUUAUCAUUAUUGACAAACGUUCUGCGUUUAAUAUAUCUAGUGCGUUUAAUCUAUCUAAAACUGGACAUCGGUGACAAUUUUUCAACCGUCCAUAAAAUUAAGGACGGUCCGUAAAAUUUCUAUUUACAACUACCUGCUCGUUGUAGUCCGUUAAAAAUGAGACUUUUUUUAUACUUAAAUACUGUUGAAGCAAAUAGUGUUGUUGGUUUCUUCUUCCUUGCUUAACACUUGCUAAAUCUUAGGUCAUGAGCCGAAUAAAAUAAACACUGUUCAGAAUACCAUACAAUAAUCAUUAAUUUUGCGUCACAUCAUAUUAGUUUAUUUCAUAUUAUUUCGCACCAUUGACAUUAUUUGAUAUUACAAACAGUGGCGUAGCACGGGAAGUGCCGCCCGGGUACCACCAAGAUUUUUUGCCCCCCCCUCCCCCCCCCCAACACCUCCACAAACAAAUAACUCUGCGGUUGGCUAAAAAAAAACGUCCUUCCUUAAUAUACAGAAAAAAAUGCUUUAGCCCGGGAUGAUCAGAGGCGUACCCCUCUCCCUCCGACUCACCUUCCCUCUGACUCACCUUCCCUCCGACCAACCUUCCCUCUGACCCACCUUCCCUCCGACCCACCUUCCCUCCGAUCCACCUUCCCUCUGACCCACCUUCCCUCUGACCCACCUUCCCUCCGACCCACCUUCCCUCCGAUCCACCUUCCCUCUGACCCACCUUCCCUCUGACCCACCUUCCCUCCGACCCACCUUCCCUCCGACCCACCUUCCCUCCGACCCACCUUCCCUCCGACCCACCUUCCCUCCGACCCACCUUCCCUCCGACCCACCUUCCCUCCGACCCACCUUCCCUACGCCAGUGCAUACAUACAUAGCCGAAGCCCACGAUUAGUUUAACCGUUUUAUGAUUUAUAGUUCAAACAAAGUUAUAUUCACAAAGUUCCCGUAAAAAAAGAGGAGGUUUUUCAAUAAAUAAAUGGCAAACCGGCAAGUCGACGCACUCGUCAUGACGUAACAUGCUACGCCAACAGAGCAUCGUCACGACGUAACAUGCUACGCCAACAGAGUUAAGCUGUUUUGGUUUCAUCUAGCCAGAUGACAUGCAUGUGUGAUGUUAUGCUUUUUAGUUUCAUCUAGGCAGAAGACAUGCAGGCCUAAUGUUAUGCUGUUUGGUUUCAUCUAGGCAGAAGAAAUGGGAGGCCUAAUGGUAUGCUGUUUGGUUUCAGGUAUUUGACAGAGACGGAAAUGGCUUCAUCUCAUCGGCUGAGCUACGUCACGUGAUGACCAACCUGGGCGAGAAACUGAGUGACGAGGAUGUGGAGG